AUGACCUCAGGUUUUCUAAUAUCGAGAAUUCGAACUGCUAAAAUUGUACCAGGAUCUCAGAAUAUCAAAGGAGAUGCCCACCGAAAGAUCACCACACGCGAUGUCUCGCAACUGCCUACGACACUUCCAACAUUGCAACCAUGGCAGAGCGCAAGUGCUGAAGAUGCGGGCUCAAAACAACCACAAUUACAGCCACAAGCGUUGUAUGAUUCGGAGUACCUGGCUGCAGUGAGUAAGCCACAAUUACCGGCGUUCAUGAAAGAAAGACCAGACAUUUGGUUUUAUUUAAUCGAGGCCGAAUUCGCCGCGGCGAGAACGCGCAGCGACGACGUCAAAUACAAUGCUACAUUGAGAGCUUUAGACCCCGAUACGUUGCACCAAAUAACGGACAUAAUUUCCACGCCACCCACGACCAACAAAUACGCCACACUUAAACAGACCAUAAUCAAACGAGUUGCUGAGUCCAGGCAGAAACAGAUGUAUAGACUCCUCAAUGACCUCGUCCUCGGUGACAAGAAGCCGUCACAACUGUUGAGGGAGAUGAGAGACCUGGCAGCCGAUAGCAUUAACAAGGAGAUGCUACAUAACCUCUGGGUGAGUCGCCUUCCAAAUUCAAUACGACCACUACUCAUCAUUUCAGACGCACUAAAGCUGGAUGCGUUGGCUGAAAUGGCUGAUCGUUUAAUGGAAACAGUCACAUUAAGUGAGCCAAAUACACUGAGACCACUGAGCACCAUGGCAGCGGUGAGUCAGUCGGAAAGGCCAAAGACACCACCUCCAUCGGCUUUGGCAGCCCAGUUGACUGAGCUACAAUCUGCCAUGGCUUUCUGCAUGAAAACGAUCUUGGACGUUCAGAAGCAGCAGCAGCAGCAACAGCAGAUGUUUGAAAGUGGUCGUUCUAAUCACCGUGGGAGAUCAAUGUCGAGGAGCCAGGACAGGAAUCGCAGAAGUUCAAGCCAACAAGGUUCAUGCUAUUACCACCGCCGGUUUGGUCAGGAUGCCAAACGAUGUACUACACCGUGCACUUACAAGACCCACAACCAGGGAAACUAG